UAAUAUUUUCAUUUCCUCUUUCCCUUUCUCUUUCAUCUGAGAACACGUUCUGUUUCUUCUCCACCACAAGCAAAUCGACCGGACCGAACCACACCACCGCCGGCGAGCUGCGACUGCGACCACUCUCCCUCCAUCCAUCAUCGGUUCACCAUCGCAUCCUCCUCCAUCUACUGUUUCGAUUCAGCUAUCUUCAUCUCUCUCCACAACAAACCCUAAUUGUUGUAAUUUGUAAGGUAAUGUGAAAUUGAAUGUAAUUUCCUUCAAUUAAUUAUGAUUCUGAUAUGAUGAUUACAUGUUCUUUAUUGAUUGCCAUGAGUUUUCCAUCUUUAGUAACUUAGUUGAUUGCCACUGGUUUCCAAUUCCAUCCGUUGUUCUUUAAUUGAAAUUGAAAUUGAAUGUAAUUGCCUUGAGUUUUCCAUCUGUUGUUAAACCUAGUUAUGUCUUGUUUUGCGGUAUGGAGAUGGUCUGGUAUUCUUUGUUUUAGAGUUUAAACUUUGACACUUAAUAGACUAAAUGCUUUGUAAAGGAAAAUAUUUGAAUAAUUCAUUGUAGAUUUGUAGUGGGAUUGUGUUGUUUCAUAUUAUGCAUAAACAGUAUGUCAAUUUAAAUCAUUCUUCAUUAUAUAUAGUCAAUUUAAAUCAUAUAUUUUAUUUUAUUUUGAUGGCGGGAUGCCGGCCACCCCAAACUUUUUUGUCGGGCUCCGCCACUGCACACCCUAGAUAUUCAUCAACACCUUGCAGGCUUUGUUGUCCUAAAUUCCAGCUAGUAGGAAGCAGAAGAUCGAAAAUGGUGGAAUCGAAGAAGACCGAAACGGUACAUUCACCACUCGUCACCUAUGCUUCUAUGAUAUCUCUUCUCACACUUGCUCCUCCUUUCGUCAAUCUACUAUGGUAUACAAUGACGACGGCUAUGGAUGGAUCAAUUUUGAAGACAUUUGAUUAUUUGAACAAUAAUGGUUUACAAGGUUUUCUUAAUCUAUGGCCUAAACCAACACUUCUCUCUUUCCAAAUUAUUGUUGUUUAUGCUGCAUUUGAAGCUUUACUUCAGCUUCUUCUUCCUGGGGAAACUGUUUACGGUCCUAUUUCUCCCACCGGUAACCGCCCUUUCUAUAAGGCAAAUGGUGUUGCUGCAUAUUUAGUUACUUUGGUUACUUACGUUGCACUUUGGCGGUUUGGGAUAUUCAACCCAACAAUCGUUUAUGAUCAUUUGGGGGAGAUAUAUUCCACACUCAGCUUUGGGAGCUUUAUCUUUUGUAUUUUCUUAUACAUAAAAGGUCAUUUGGCACCAUCUUCUACUGAUUCUGGUUCAAGUGGGAACAUAAUCAUCGAUUUUUACUGGGGUAUGGAGCUCUAUCCACGCAUUGGAAAAUAUUUUGACAUAAAAGUUUUCACAAACUGCAGAUUUGGAAUGAUGUCGUGGGCUGUUCUGGCACUUACUUACUGCAUAAAGCAGUAUGAAGAAAAUGGGAAGGUAGCUGACUCAAUGCUUGUAAAUACUACAUUAAUGCUGGUGUAUGUUACCAAGUUUUUCUGGUGGGAAGCUGGAUACUGGAACACAAUGGAUAUUGCACACGAUCGAGCUGGAUUUUAUAUUUGUUGGGGCUGUUUGGUUUGGGUUCCAUCAGUGUAUACAUCUCCUGGAAUGUACCUUGUCAACCAUCCAGUGAAUCUUGGCACCCAGCUAGCACUCUUUAUUUUUGUGGCUGGCAUUCUGUGCAUAUACAUCAAUUAUGAUUGUGACAGGCAAAGGCAAGAGUUUCGUAGGACAAAUGGAAAAAGCUUGGUCUGGGGAAAAGCUCCAUCAAAGAUAGAAGCCUCAUAUACCACUGCUUCCGGGGAAACAAAAAGAAGCCUUCUUUUAACCUCUGGAUGGUGGGGAUUAGCUCGUCAUUUUCAUUAUGUACCUGAAAUAUUAGCUGCAUUCUUCUGGACAGUCCCAGCUCUUUUCAAUCACUUCUUGCCUUAUUUCUACGUGAUAUUUCUUAUUAUCCUUCUUUUUGAUCGAGCAAAAAGGGAUGAUGAUCGAUGCAGAUCCAAGUAUGGAAAGUACUGGAAACUCUAUUGCGACAGGGUAGCUUACAGAAUUAUUCCAGGAAUAUAUUGAUGAUGACGUGUCUGGAAUCCUAUCCUUCACUUGGUGCCAUGUUUACCUAUUUUUGUUUACUGCCUCUGCCACUUAAGAUGCAAUGGUAAACUUUAGCUGUAAGAAAUAAUUCAGUAAUUAUUGAACCUUAUUUUGUAAGUGAAUGUUAUGAUUUAAAAUGGUUCUCGAGCUGUUUAUCAAUUAUGCUUUAAAGAAA